AUGGCGCACAUCAUGAGAGCUGCCACACCGGUCGGCUCAACCAUCUUCGCCAUCUUUGCCCUUCUCGCCAUCUCCCUCGUCGUCCUCCUAAUCUUGCGCCAUUACCUCCCACUGCGAACAACGCCUGCGUUCUAUCUCGUUCCCAUAUUCUUUGCUCUCUGGCUCCCCUCGAUCGUCAUCAUCCUUGUCCCCAUCGAUCUUGCGUCGAGCGCCGCCACCGAUGACGAGGCCACGAGAGGCGUGUGGCUGCCAGAGCGAGUGGUCUUGGUGUCAUGGAGGAUCACGUACUGGCUGAUAUUCGCCCUGACAUGGUUUCUCCUCCCCAUCCUCGGCGAAUACUCGGAUGCCGGCUAUCACGACCCCAACAAGAAGCUCACGUACUCUCUCCGACAGAAUGCACAAUUCUACACUAUAUGUGCCGCGGCCGGCGUCGUCGGCAUCGCCUACAUCGCCAUCGUGUACCAACUCACAUUUGAAUCCCUCAAGGCCCUCAUCAUGGCCCUCGCCUACUGCUGGGGCCUGUUUCUCGCCGUUUACCUGAUGGGACACGGCUUGGUGUCGAUCCCCAGGCAGUUGAUUCGCGGCGCGAGCAUCAGCGGGAGAUUACGGAGGCUGCAGACCAUGGCACCCAAGGUCCAUGAGCAGGUGGGGGAUUCUCUCAUUACCCUGGAAGAGAUUGAGGCCCAAGUCCACGAGCUUGGUCGCCGGAAGACUGGCAGCGCCGUGGGCUUCCAGGACUGGAUUGAGGAGCUGCAAGAUAUGGCCGGCAUAUCCGCCAACCAGCAUCCAUCCUCCGCUGUCAGGAUUGACUCGCGCGAUUCCACUGUACCGACCGUCAUCACCGAAAUGUAUCUGGCCGAUCUGACGAGACGGCUCGUUCGCGCACGCCACGCCCGGUCUCGAUACGCGGACGAAUGGAACCGUCUCACCCGAGAUGCCGCCAGGGCGCAGGCGAUAUUGGACUCGGCUGCUUCCAAAACUCUUGACUUUGGCAAUACCUCGCCGCAUUCUGGAGGCUGGGGCAGGGUCAAUAUCCUAACACCCUACACACGGUUCCUCUGCUACUACUACAUCUUGCCAUACGGACAGCUGCUGUUGGGCAUGCUUCUUGCCGUCGCCUCUGUCUGCAUCAUAUGGUCCGAGUUCGUCAAGUUCACAUUUCCGAAGCUGUCCAUUGUUCGGCUCAGCGUCGUCCACCAUUGGGUUGGUGACAAGGCCCAAGUCGGGUUCGCCGGCCAGAUGAUAUCGGCUUGCUGGAUCUGCUACAUGUGCGCGGCCGCGCUCACUUCCAUGACAGAGGUCAAGGUCUGGCGAGGCCGCGCGCUGGUCAAGCGUAACACUGCCUAUGAGUCAGCCUUUUGGUACGCGAUGCAGGUGGCGAAGCUUUGCAUUCCGUUGUCGUACAACUUCUUGACGUUCCUCACGGCCGAAAUCUACACAAAAACCACCUUCUACCACUUUCUGGGCCGGCUAAUCGAUUUCACUUCUCUCGGUCGAUGGUUCAACGACAUCUUCCCGAUUGUCCUCUUGGUUCCCAUCGUGGCCACAUUGUUCGGAAUUUACGGCAGGGUUAAGCGUCUCUUGGUGGGAGUUGACCUCAUGGAUGACGACUAUUACAGCCCAUUGAGCGGCGGCGCAGGAUCCUGGCGCGAGGGACGGGAUCUCAUAGAGCACGAUUUAGGCGGCACCUCUCUCCUUCGGCGACGCGACGAGGCCAUGGCCAGACUGGCGGCGAGCGGAAACGCAGUUGGCCGAUCCGCUCCUGGGCUAUCGGUCCCCUCGACGCAAAGCUCGGUCGCUUCUCCCACCCGCUCCACCGUCCCUGUACCAGCCAACGGCCGUCGACAGGUGCCGUUCGCGGAUGAACCCCCCGAGGACGACAAUAUGUUCCAAAUCAUUGGCCACCGGAUGAAGAACACUCUCGACUCCAUAGAGGCGCCCAAGUGGCUGCAAGACUUUGGGAGCGGUCUGAAAAGUCCAAAAUGGAUGGGUGGGAACGACGAGCCCGGCUCGCAGCACCCUUCCGACAUUAGGAGGUGGUUUGGCGGAAGAGGAGGGGGUGGUGAGAGUGGGAGUGAGGGACAAGUUCGCAUCUGA